CAAUGCUGACGAUCGAUAUCAGCCAAUACAAAUCAGGAGAGGAUGCUGUUGAAGCUUCUGUGCUGAUGUACAAUGCCGUGCGCAAACGAAAGGGCGAAGUGUCUGCUGUGAUACUCAACAAGGGCCCCAGAAGCUCCAUCCAUGGCCUCGCAAAGUGUGUCUAA